GCAGCUCUUAUUGACAUAUCAUUCAUGAUUGCACGCUCAAAUUUGCCAGUAUAUUCCCCAGCCUAUACCACUGCACCUUAGAUCAAUAAAACGACGUGUUUCGAUAUUAUAACCCAUAGGUUGACAUCAUGAACUAAGUGUAGUUAUCAUUGCAACUUUAAAUUUGCCGCCUAAAAUGUGCAAAUGACACACCUGUGCAACUAGACCUGUCAGGUAGGUUCAGUUUUACCUGUGCGCUGACCCGUUAAGGUAUGACCCUCACCAGUAGUGUACACUUAAGGAAGGCGUGUCUUCCGGGCACGUACACACCUGAAACAUGAAGGGCGUUACAGUCCAAUUUCUGGUCCUCUCCUUAACCUGUGAGUGUCUAGUCUCUGCGUGGGAUGAAGACCAAGAGUUUGACUCAAAUGCUCUACCAGGAGUGGAGUCUGACUUCUCCCUGUCCAUAGGCACUUCCAAACCCGAAUGUUUCUAUCAGUUCGUGGGAGAAAACGCGACACUGCACGCUAACUUCCAGGUGUUGAGGACCGAUGGAACUGAUAAGAAGGUUAUUUUCACGGUCCACGAUCCGAAGAAAACGUUACUGAACUUCACUCAGGCUGAGAGUAUGGACAAGUUUGAGUACGACAUGAAGAAACAAGACGUCCCAGGUACCUUCAGUAUCUGCCUGUCUAACCCCAGUAAGCUGUACAACAAGCUGGUGUACCUGUACGUGGCCGUGUACCGUCUGGAGGACUGGGAGAAGUACAGACAAAUACAGUCUCCUCAGGAGAUGGAAGCCAUGGGACUGGGACAAAUCACUACUUCGCUGAACCAUGUGGCUGACAAUGUUAAAGACAUCGGUUACAUCACCAAAAUCAUCAAGCUGCACAAACUAGUGGACUUCUAUACCGUGUCCUCCAGCCUGAACUACGUGACCAGGAUGGGGCUGUGUAACUGUGUAUUGAUAGUCGGCUCAGGACUGUUGCAGGUUUACUUCGUACGGAAAUUAUUUGCAUCACACAGUGUGAGAGGAACGUCUGCUUCGGCUUAAGGGAGAUUAGGAUUACGUAGAGAAGAUUAAGAUUACGCAAGGGGGAUUCAAGUUACGUCGACGUCUUCAUUAUCAUUCUAUAUGCAGCCUAUAUAAGGAAUUCAGUUCAUUCCUAUUCCAUACUAGCCACCCAGUCUUGUAUUAGUUAGGAUAGCCUUAUGGACAUGUAGUUAAUAUGUACUAGUAGAUGCCAUACUUUAUAUCCUGUAUGUACAACUGUUGUGCAAUAAAGUUAUAUCUUUAUGUAAUCGUUGAUAAAUUAGUUUUGCUAAAUGGUGUGAGAAAGAAUCAUUGACGCUGUACAGUAUAAUCAUAUUUCAAAAGGGAUGGUAUGUAUCAAAAUAUACGUUUUCUAAGCAUAGAUUUUUCACUGCUGUAAUAUACUUCUCUCAUGAAAAUGUA